AUGCUGAGGCAGGCAGAUGGAUUCACUGCUUCUCACCCUCUCGUUUCUAAUAUUAUAGAUGCACUAAACGCAAAGCUUGUAUGUGCGCACAAAGAUCUAGAUGAACUCAAGUACAAACACGAGCAGGAAAUGCAGAAGUUGGCAGAGCUUGUAUCCUUGCGAUCUACACUUAUUGGACAGCAUUUUAAGCACUAUGACAUACUGGAGGACAGCGAGUAUGUCUUCAACUUUAUCCAAAAGCAGAUUCUUCGACUACCAAGGUAUUUGAAGAUUGCCUCCGAUCUCUCUUCGCAGAUGGGGCAGCCCGUCACAGCUCCAGAGAUGCAUACGCAGCGGAUGGUUAACUGGCACUCUACCCUUUCUCAAAGCCUCGACCAGGCCCGACUUGAUCUUCACAGUCUCGAGGCAGAAAUUAACGAUGAACGCACCAGGCUUAUAACGACUACAUUAGAGGCUUGUUUACAAAAGAUUGGAACCGCAAAGGUUAUGGAGACACUCGAUUAUAGUGUUCUACGGCAGGAAUACGGCAAGCAGCUGCUUAGUCUUCAGCAUCUGCUCUGCCGUUCGCGUAUCGCCGUUGCGGAAGGAAUUGAAAAGAAGUGUAGUGGUGGUUUGAGAGCAUUUUCUGCUGGACUAAUAGACGCGUUAAGGAAAUCUGCUGAUCUACUAGGUCAGAUGAGACGCCAUUUAGAGUAUUUCGGAGACAACCUAGACAGAUAUGGUGACAAGAUCUACAAAUAUCUGGCCUUGAAAAGGCAGUUGGAGAGGCUAAAGAAUAGGCUUGAAGCGCCAUGA